AUGCGUGGCCACUCAGAGAAGCCAGUCGCCGUCCCCGAGUCGGACGGCGACCACGACGCCUACGUCCCGACCCAGCGCAUCGACGAACUCGAUCCCGAAAAAUCAGAAGCAGGCUCUAAUGUCGAGCCCUUCUCGUAUGAAGAAGACGACGAACAAGAUUUGUCUCGCCAUGUCCGAACCGAUCUCAACGUCACCGAAGAUGACCUGCUCGAGGCCAAGGAACUCGCCUCUCGCUACACACUCGAACAGGUCCGCGACAUUAUGGUCCGCAUCUACCGCAUUCAUUCUCGCGAUCCCAAUUUUCCCACGGCCGUUGUCCAGAAGAUUAGCGCCUUCCUCGAUAAUGAAGACGUCUUCAAGCAUCCCGAGCUACAUCAGCACCUCAUCUCUGAGAUGAGACUCGAGGCCGCCCUCGUCACCUCCAAUAGCCCAUACGCCGAAGUCCGUGCUGUCGUCAGCAACAAGGACGACCCCACGACGCCCUCAUCCACCAUCCGAAGUUGGGCUAUCGGAUUAUUCUUCAGCGCCCUGCUCGCUUUCGUUAAUCAACUCUUCGAUAUUCGCCAACCCGCCAUCCGUGUCAUGGCCAAUGUCGCUCAGCUCCUGGCUUAUCCGGUCGGCAAGGCCGCCGAGAGAUGGCUUCCCGACGCAGGCUUCACCCUCUGGGGUAUUCAACACAGCUUAAAUCCCGGCCCCUUUACUCGCAAAGAGCACAUGCUUAUUACCAUCAUGGCUAACGUCGCCUACAAUACGCCCUAUACCAACUAUAUUAUCUGGGUGCAAUAUCUGCCGCAAUAUUUCAACCAGCCCUAUGCCGCUCAUUUCGCCUACCAGAUUCUCAUUGCGCUCGCUACUAACUUUAUCGGCUAUGGAAUGGCUGGAAUUUGCCGACGCUUCUUGGUUUACCCCUCGUACUGUGUCUGGCCCGCAUCGCUCGUUACCAUCGCCCUCAACACAGCCUUCCAUACGCCAGGCAACCCGCCCGUCAUGGGACCUUUUGGCAAGAUAUGGCGCAUCUCGCGCGCCAAUUUCUUCUAUCUGAUGUUUGGCGCCAUGUUCAUUUGGUUCUGGUUUCCGAACUAUAUCUUUACUUCGCUUUCCAAGUUCAACUGGAUCAGCUGGAUCCUGCCGCAUCACCGCGAUCUCAACGUCAUCACUGGCAUCAACAACGGCCUGGGUCUCAACCCUUUCCCUACCUGGGAUUGGAACGUUUUGCUGUGGGAUUCGGCCGACCCUCUGAUGGUGCCCUUCUUCAGCACUCUCAACCGUUUUAUCGGCGCAUUCGUCUCUAUGUGGAUUGUCUUGGCUUUCUGGUAUAAGAAUGUCUACAACACUGGCUACCUGCCCAUCAAUACAAAUCGAGUCUACGACAACACAGCCAAGCUGUACAACAUUUCGCGCGCCAUCAACGACCGUGGCCAUCUCGACCCCGCCAAGUACGCCGCCUACUCGCCACCGUUCCUCGGCGCCGGUAACGUCGUCAUCUACAUGUUCUUUUUCGGCAUCUACACAUCGACGCUAACGUACGCCAUCCUGUACCACCGCAACGAGAUCUUCAUGGGAUUCAAGGCCUUGUUCAACAGCUUCCGCAAGAAGACGCCACUCGAGGACAACCACAUCCUUGACGUGCAUAAUCGCCUGAUGAAGUCGUAUAAGGAGGUGCCCGAGUGGUGGUAUAUGCUAUGCCUGGCGUGCGCCAUCGCCCUUGGUAUCGCCGGCAUCGCCGGCUGGGACACACACACAUCCCCUGGUGUCGUCUUUUACGGCCUCGCGCUCUGCGUUGUGUUCGUUAUCCCGGUCGGCAUUAUUAAGGCCAUGACGGGUAUUGAGGUAACGCUGAACGUCCUAGCCGAGUUCAUCGGAGGCUCGUGGGUCGACGGGAAUGCGCUGGCCAUGAACUACUUCAAGUCCUUUGGGUAUGUCACCUGCGCCCACGCCGUCUGGUUCUCCAACGACCUCAAGCUUGCGCACUACGUCAAAAUUCCGCCACGGCAGACUUUUGCCGCCCAGAUGAUUGCCACACUCGUCAGCACCCUCGUCUGCAUUGGCGUCCUCAACUUCCAGAUGCUCAACAUCCGCGCCGUCUGCACCGAGGACGCGCGCUACAAGCUCACUUGCCCCGGCGUCAACACCUUCUUCACUGCCUCGGUCCUCUGGGGUACUGUUGGGCCAAAGAAGAUCUUUGGUCACCAGGGCCAGUACAGCGAGAUGCUUGUCGGCUUCCCCCUCGGGGUCGUCAUCGUCGUUGUCUUUUGGCUACUCAACAAGAAGUUCCCUCACUGGGCCUGGACACGCCAGAUCCACCCCGUCGCCAUCAUGUACGGCGGCAUCGUCUGGGCUCCUUACAACAUGUCUUACAUUUGGCCCUCGGUGCCCAUUGCCUAUUUCUCGUGGAUUUACCUCAAGACUCGCUACGUCGGUCUGUGGUCCAAGUACAAUUUUGUGCUUUCCGCGGCCUGGUCCUGCGGCAUCGCCAUCGCGGGCAUCAUCAUCUUCUUCAGCCUGCAGUACACCGAGGUCGAGUUUAAGUGGUGGGGAAACCUAAUCUCAGAGCAGGGCUGCGAGGACAACUCGUGCAACUAUAAGAACCUCGGCGACGGCGAAUAUUUUGGCCCCCGCAUAGGCGAGUUUAACUGA